CAACUUAUCAAAGAUGAGGACUUUACGCUAUUUGAGUCUGUUGGGGCCAUAGAGGUAUCCCCUUCAUGCUUGUGAAUCUACCAAGGUCAUUCGCUAAACCUUCGUAGAUUAUGGACCCGAAAAUGGAUAGUGGAUUCUUAAAACCUGGAGAGACUUUAGACGACAAUUAUGAUGUCUCAAGAGCCUUGUUACCUGAAGAAGUGGUCGGCAUCAUGGAUCAGCUAUUGUGCUACGAGGUCGCCUGGCAUCAUGGGUAUCCUUUGUCACAGACCCUCUUCACGUCGAUAUAUAUCGACAGAUUAUUAUGGCCUCCAUCAGACUGUCUCUCCGACGCUCAAUUCUACCGAGGAAUUCGCCCAAUGGGCCUUCAUCCCCUCCUAGACGUACUCAGAUCGUAUUGCAUUGCCCUUAUCAAAUGUUGUGAUUUGACAAUAGAGAAAGUCACUUCUAGAGACUACUACGAGGAAGAAGACUUUAGUACACAUACUUAUAACCGAAGUCUACUCCACACAGUACCCCACGACAAGGUCUUGGAGUUACUCCGAAGUUCGAUUGAAUGGUUGUCCAACAGCCGGAACAGGAGACCUAGUGAAGUACAUCGAACAAGUAGAGAGCUUGAGGAGGCACUCAUCAAUCGACUGACAUUCCGAGAGAGAAUGCUCUUGGCUGUCGCGCCUGAACAGGAGAUUCUAGAUCUCGCAGCAGUAUGGCCUGCUGUCUCUGCGGCUUUACCACCAUUGGAAGCAACGCAUUCAUUAGGUCGUCCUGUCCCCGACUCGUUCAGUGAGAAGAUCCAGCGACGGCUCGCAAGUACCGUGCCUCCACGACCAACUGUCGAUUUCACCUUCGCUGCUGCUUAUACGAAGCUUGUCCAGCUCUGCAAAGACUGCGAGGAUGCACUACGGGUCCUAGAGAUUACGACUGAAAGUCCACAGGAGCACUUGUCUUUCAUCUGGAUGUUUAGCUCUCGCAAACCUGCCCCCCUGGCGUAUGCGCGCUCAUGUCUUUCAAGCGUAUUCUUGGCGCGGACGACUGAAGGUUUCGAGCAACUCAUACAAACCGAUCUGUCCGAGUUUGUUUUUCCUGCUGACCCCGUCCUCGAUCCAGUAAACUUCACAUUGGAGGCUGCGCAAAGCAGUUUUGCCCCGCAGGAUAAGCGCCUAGCAAUGGCUACUAUAAUCAAUGAAUUUACAGGUAGAGCAGCACCGCAGUACUUUGACAUGUGGAACAGCUUGUGUCAAAACCGAUGCCGAACGCGAAGAAUGAUUUGCAAUAACAUCCCCUUCAUCGACGACUUGCAGUUCGCUACUGAACAGUUGGACGACGAGUUGCAUGACCUCACACAUACCAUGCGGUAUCCCCUUAGUACCUGGGUGUAUCACAUGAAGCUCCGUAUGGUCGAGUGGGUUGUCCAACUCGGGUUCGAGCAGGAGGUAUACCUACCAGACGAACUUGCUGGAAUGUAUUGGUGGCUGUCCCAGGUCGCAAGUCUGCGCGCAUCAGUGAUUGAGCAAGUAUACAAUCAUCUUUCGCGUCGACACGAGAUCUUGAGUAAUGGUGGAGAGAUUGAGAAAGCAGAGACGAUUCGAACUACGCAGGCCUUUGUAAAGGCACUGAUGUACGAGGCAACUGGGACGGGAGCUCUCGCCGACGCGAUGUAUGCACUGUACAUGCGCCUACAUUAUCUUCAGCUCGUUCCUAUACUGUCAAGACCGUACAGCGAGUCAUCACUGCGUUAUGAGCUUCGUAUGAAGCCUUUCUUACGCCUUAAUCCCCCACAGAUACCAACAUUCGAAGCCUUUGAGGAAGCGACACGGAUGCCAUCAGGGUCUCAGGACGAUGUCUUUGCCAAAUAUGAUGUUGAAGGCUCUGUCAAAGAGGCGAAAGAGGCCUGGGCAGCCUUGAAAAGAUUGGGGGCCAGAGCUGCAAAGAGCGAGGUCGUCCAAGCUGCAUGGGAAAAGAACCUAGCAAGCACGAUCCAAUCUUGCAUAGCCUGCGGAAUCGCAGCCUCGACAAUUAGCAAUAUACCAAAGGACGCGGGCACAGGGAGAGUUAAGGAGAUGUUUCAGGUUGAGAUCCCCGGAGAGGGAAAGCGGUAUCACGACUGGUGGGUCGUGCCAAAGAUCAAGCGGAAUUAAAUAAUGCAUAUUCUUUCUUUAAAGAUUCUAGUCAUGACACUGGGGUCACAUGCGAAGAGUAUAUCCUCAUACCACGAAACUCGUCAUCAUUCGUUUCAUCUCUGUCACCCAUAUCCUAGCUGCAGUACUCCAAGUAGGGCAUGGCUUCCUCUAAGGUUAUGAGGGUCGAUAGCUGCUUUAUCGCAUCGCCAUAUAGCUUUAUCGCGAGCUGCGGUUCUUAGAUCCUUUAGGACGUCACAUAU